CAUGUGCCCCAUUAUGGAUACCAAGUGAGAGACGACAUCUUAGUAUCAAAGAGGAGCCUUACGGAACAUGUUUUGUGUACGACAAAAACUUCACCAGGUAUAACGGAACGGUUGAAAGAGCAGUGCGGAAAGGGUCGCGUGUGUCAAGACGUCAGGACUUGUUUCUUGGCGGUGGCGGCUGGACCACUUUACUUGACAAGAACAAUGGACUAAUACUAGUCGCGAAGACAUCUUUUGCAGGCGACAUUGUUUAUGUUCCGUUAGAGAGCCCUUUGAAUGACUCCAAAUCGCUUAUAGAGCUGCUCGAUAGACGUGAUUUAUUAUAUACAAAAAUGAGUACAUUUACAAAUGUUGGAAACGCUCUAGUUGCGGGUAAUUUUUUUUCAAACUCGACUAUAUACGCUUUUAGCAUGACUAUUGAAACCAUGGCGGGACAGGUUGGUUUCUUGGAAUACAAUAAAGAUAAACAAUUAUUAACAAUUAUGACAGAUAAAAAACAAAGGGAGCCAUUUGCUAUAGUAAAUAAAAAGGUUGGUCUAUGUUUGCGGCUGCACUCGCUGCCGAAGAUCUCAAUAAAGAUGGAUAUUCAGAAUUAAUUGUAGGAGCUCCCGUACAAAAUGAUGGCGAUGAAACAUCUGAACAGGGUGCAGUUUAUAUUUAUAUAGGAGGCGAUAAGAAUACCAUAACGGAACCGGGAAGGAUGCGUUUAAUCUCGGCCUCUAAGGACGGGGGCCGUUUCGGAUCAGCGAUAGCCGCUAACGAUGUGGACGGUGAUGGAAUAGCAGAACUUUUCAUCAGCGCGCCAUACGAAGAUAGCGGAAUGGGUGCUGUGUACAUUCUCUCUGGCUACGAAAUAAGCAAGUUGUUAAGACACGAUUCAAAACAACAAAUAUUGCUGAAUGAGUUAAAGUUUCAACAAAGAGUUCAAGCUGAAGGGUUUCGAAGUUUUGGCUACAGUCUACAGAUUGUAUCAGAUCUUGAUGAUAAUGGAUGCAAUGAAUUAGCCAUAGGAUCGCCUGGCAGUGACAGGGUACUGAUAUACCGUUGUGUGCCAGCUAUCAAUGUGACGCUGUCUGCGACGUUACUUGGAGCUAAGUACGUGAAAGAGCAAGCCGACAGCUUCGUCGUGGCCGUUUGUGUCGAUAUUGAUCACAAGCCGAACGCUUCAGCCAUAGGAAAUUUAAUAGUUGACACUAGUAUAGUGGGAUAUGAUGCUUACAUGUCAAGAUCUAAGUUCAUAAUAGAUCUAUCUAAGGGAGCGGCUGUACACUGUGAAAAUAUGACGGUAAAGUUGAGUGAGAAAGGCGAAGGCGAGUAUGACUUCGAAGCAAAUGUGAAAAUGGAUCCAAAAGAUCUAGAAAUUAUAGAGAAAACCAAAGCUUUCAAUACUUCUUGGGUCACUUUACGACACCAUAGCGAGACAAAAAAAAGUAUCAAAAUUGUCAGGCGCUGCGAGGCGGAAGACUGUAACACCAAUUUAACUACAUCACUCGUUUGGUCUGGAGCUCAUGAUUACGUGCUGGGUUCAUCAGCGAAUGAGACAGUGUCGGUGACUGUACAGAACUCCGGGCAUCAAUCCCUGGACAGUUGUGCGUGGGUGAAGAUCACUGGGGCGCCAGUACGGCUGGGCAACUGUCGCCGAGACGGGGAGGGAUACAAGUGCAUGCUGUCAACCCCCUUAAAAAGGGAUAAGAAAGAUACCCUGAACUUCAGUUUGAACAUGACUACUCUGCGGAGUACGGAUGAAAAACUUGAGGUGAUAGUACGCGUCCACGAGAACUGCGACCAGCCAGAAAACACAACGCACAAGAUGGAAGUAAAAUAUCAAUUGUCAACUGACCAUAUUCACGUUAAUGGCAUUGCCAAAGAUCGAAAUGUGACCGAAAAAGUAAUACUGGACGAUAAAAUCGAAAUAAUAAACGACGGCCACGAGUACGAGAUAGUGAACAACGGAACGGUAGAGUGGGUGAAUGUGGUUGCGGUCAUCGCGAUUGACAAGAAACCGUUUAUUCAUCAUUACAUGGCUUCAAUUCCAGAAUAUGAGUGCAGUGAAAAAAAUGAAACUGACAAAAUUUUGUUCGAGUGUAAUUUUAAUUUGAUGCCCCAUUCGAGGAAAACAGCAAUCGUAACUAUUGAUAUCCAAAAAGACAACAUAUUAAAGAACCUGAUAAAUGGAAAGUUAAAUACCACUUCGCUAUUGACAUUAUAUCUGACACCAAAAUUGCCACCAUUGAGCGAUAAUGCAACAAUGUUUAUGACAUAUUUGCAAGAACGAUCAUUAUUGAACAAUAAGUUGGUGAUUGUACUGGGUGCCGUUGCGUUGGCAAUAAUUAUACUUGCAAUAUUUAUUUACGCUCUUUACAAGGCGAACUUCUUCAAGCGGAAACAGAAGAAACAAUUAAACGAACUGAGGGAGAGUGUGAGAAGGAGAAGUAUGAAAAAGCCAUCUGACACGCCGGUAACAAGUAAAACUGAAGAAGACAUUAUCAUCGAAGUGGUUGACGAGCCGCCGUUCGCAGUCCCAACAACGACAGACGAUGAAGCUGUGUUAAUUAUAGAGGAAAAGGCCCAAGUGCAUUUUUCCAGGAUGUCGUGACAGCUUGAUGCAAAACACAUCGGAUAAUACUCUUCAAGAAGUUCAUGCGAAUCAAUCAGCGUAGGACUUGAAUUGAACACCUCACGUAAGCGACUAAUGGCUCCCUAUAGAAACUUAAAUGGCAAA